AUAGAUAAUCAAGUUCAUGGACAAUAUUUAUCAUGUUAAAUCAUACUUACUGUAGGAUUAUCUUGAAAAUAGUGCCCCUUUUCAAUUUUGGGGUGUAGGUAGGUUAGUUUUGUUAUCUUUGGAACGUGUAUGAGUAUGUGUGUAUGUGUGUGUGUGUUCUUCAGCCAGUCAGCAAGUCAGAUUUGAUGUAUGUGCGUGGGCUUGUGCACAGCUAGUCAAUACAUCCUCAUUUCAAGCACUUACAGCUCCACACUAAUGUACUCUGAUAUUCUCCAGGGCGGGCCAUCGCCGCCCCCCCCCCCUCCCACCCUCCCCUCCUCACGCUCUUCUUGUCCGUGUUAUGUUAAGCGAGCAUCUUCGGACACAUUGCCCGCCCCAAACCGUCUGCAGCAGACCAAACGGUGUUCUCAUCGUGUUAUUUUUUUAUGUGAGGAAAACGAUCAUCUAUCUGCAAGUUGAAUCUCAGAUCCAUUGUGUUGACAUCUGGGUACGGAUAUGAAGAAGUCCGAAAAGUACGCCUUCUCUCUGGAGGCUGAUGACAGGACAGAGGCCGAGAAAUGUCGACACAAGUCGCCAAAACAAGAUGUUCUAGGGUCUGUUUUAAGUGCGGGCCACGAGGCACCUAAAGCCCCCAUGGACACGGACUACCAGGAGGAAAUGGAGGACACCAAACCUCAAAUACGAUUCAAUCUCAAUUUUAACAAGGAGAUCCAAGGUGUGGAUCAGGAUAACAGCAAGCGAGAUAGUCGGACGUUUGACAUCGAUAGGCUGUUUGAAGCGGCGGCCAGCGGCGAUAUCAGGAAAUUGGACGGCCUAUCCCAGUACCUGCACCAAAAUAUGAAGAAACUCACCGACUCUCUGUAUCAGUCGUACGGUAAAACUGCCCUGAUGAAGGCCCUCCUGCACCUCCGAGACGGCGAGAAUCCAACCGUUGACUUAUUAUUGGACAUCUCAGAGAGGACGGGCGACCUGAAAGAGUUUGUCAACGCAGCUUACACCGAACGUUACUAUAAAGGGCAGACGGCAUUGCACAUCGCAAUUGAGCGGAGGAGUCUGAGCUACGUCAAGCUUCUGCUCAGCAAAGGAGCGGACGUCCAUGCCAAAGCCUCUGGGAAAUUCUUUCAGCCACAUGAAGGCCCCAAUUUCUACUUUGGUGAGCUCCCUCUGUCCCUGGCAGCGUGCACGAACCAGCCAGACAUGGUGGAGUACCUCUUGGACAACGAGUUCCAGCAGGCCUAUGCGAACGCACCCGACUCUCACGGCAACACGGUGCUACACGCCCUGGUGGUGGUGGCUGACAACACUAAGGACAACACGGAGUUAUUCAUCACCAGCAUGUACGACCACAUCCUGACUAUCACGGCGCGGCUGAGGCCCAAACUCAACUUGGAAGAGAUUGAAAACAACAACGGCCUGACGCCUCUCAAGCUGGCUGCCAAGACUGGAAAAAGUGGGCUUUUUGCACACAUCCUGCAGCGCGAAUUCCAGGAGAGGCACACCAAACAUUUGUCUCGUAAAUUCACCGAGUGGGUUUACGGGCCGGUCCAGAGCUCCUUGUACGACUUGGCCUCAGUGGACUCGGCGGACAACAAGUCAGCCCUGGAAAUACUCGUCUAUGGCAGUGACAUCCCUAACCGCCAUGAGAUGCUCCAGACAGAACCUUUGCGCCAACUGCUGGAAGACAAGUGGAAGAGGUUUGCGGGCCGAAUAUUUUGUCUCAACUUUCUGGUCUACUUUGGGUACCUGGUCAUCUUCACAGCGGUGGCCUACAACAAGAAGGAUGGAAAGACACCGUUCCCCCUGGACCACAGCGCUACAGGUUACCUGUAUAUUUCAGGACAGAUACUAAUGAUUGUGGCAAACGGCUAUUUCUUUUUCAUGGGGUUACAAGAUCUGAAGAGGAAACGACCAAAGCUGCAGACCUUGCUGAUUGAUGGAUAUUAUGAUAUUCUUUUCUUUUUGCAGGCUGUCCUUUUCCUGACUGCAGCCGGCCUUUAUUUAUUUGGGAGACAAGAAUACCUUGGCUUCCUGGUGCUAUGUCUUGCUCUCAGCUGGGUCAACCUGCUCUACUUCGCUAGGGGCAGCAAACACAUGGGCAUCUACAGCGUCAUGAUACAGAAAAUGAUCCUCAGCGAUAUCCUGCGCUUUCUAUUUGUUUAUGUCGUCUUUCUCUUUGGAUUCUCAGCAGCCGUGGUCACGCUGCUCAUUGAGCCCCCUGUGAGAAACACCACUGAUAAGAGGGGCCGCCUCUUCGGACCGCUUCACCCCGACUCAGAGUGCAUCAAACCCACCUUCCGAAACAUCUCCUACACCACGCUGCAGCUCUUCAAGUUUACCAUCGGCAUGGGUGACAUGGAGUUCACCGAGCACUACCAGUACAAAGAGGUCUUCUACGUCCUGCUCAUCUUUUACAUCAUCCUCACUUACAUCCUGCUGCUGAACAUGCUCAUUGCCCUCAUGAACCGCACGGUGGAGAAGAUCACCACGGAGAGCGCUAGCAUCUGGAAAUUACAGAGGGCAAUCACCAUCCUGGACAUGGAGAAAAGGUUGCUGCCGUUUGUGAGGAAGAGACUUCGCUGUGGGGUGGACAAAAAUCUGGGCACGCCCUCUGACCAAGACUGCCGCCGCUGUUUCAGAGUGGAGGAAGUCAACUGGAACAAAUGGAACAUCCACCUGGGCAACGUCCACGAGGAGCCCGGCCACUGGGAUCGAAGGAGACAGCUCACGCCAGACGACGCGCCGAUUCGGACAAACACAGGGAGGAGCUGGAGAGACUUAUUUGGAGAGAUCAGGCGAGGAGGACCCAAGUCCAUAGAGAUGAGCAACUUUCCAGUGUGAACACGGGAAACGGACUGAAUAGCAAAUGCGAGUUGAUUUUGAAAGGAAAUGUCUGUGAAAUAGGAGCUCGUGCUUUAGUAGGCA